UCUAUAUUAAGUAGUUGAAAUAUAAUCACUCCUCUCAAAAAAAGGAAGUAAAUUUAUAGUUGAAGUUUCACAUGCCUCAUCUCCAUGUUUAAGAACUCCACCUUCCCCCUCCAACCUUUUCACAAGAAAACUGCUCAAUAUCCCCACUUUCUUUCCUUUUCUUAUCUCCUACCUCAUCCUCUUCCUCUUCACUCAUAACUUCUUAAAACCCCGCUUCCAACUGUGUGCCAUUCACACCCCAUAUCAUGAAACUUUCUCGUCUAAAUUCGCUCCGGCGAGUUCAGUCCGGCGAGCUCAUCAUGAAGUUUCCCGACGAUCAAGACGAAUCCAAGAGGCCCCAAUUCCCUCUCGAUUCUAGCUGUUACAAAAUCAUCGAUGAAAUUGGGGUCGGCGUCAGCGCCGUCGUUUACAAAGCCAUUUGCAUUCCCAUGAACUCUGCAGUGGUGGCCAUCAAAGCCAUUGACCUCGAUCGAUCGCGAGCAGAUUUCGAUGACAUUCGAAGAGAAGCCAAAAUUCUGUCACUUCUCUCUCAUCCAAACAUUCUUAACGCCCACUGUUCGUUCACAGUCGAUCGUCGCCUUUGGGUCGUGAUGCCGUUCAUGUCUGCCGGAUCUUUACAGUCGAUUAUUACGUCGUCGUUUCCAGACGGCUUGCCUGAGCCCUGCAUCGCUGUCGUUCUCCGGGAAAUUCUACACGCUCUGACUUACCUCCACGACCAAGGCCACCUCCACCGCGACAUUAAAGCCGGAAACAUUCUGAUGGACUCAAAUGGGUCCGUCAAGCUAGCUGAUUUCGGAGUUUCGGCAUCCAUUUUCGAGGCCAAUUCCACACAGGGGGUGCCAAUUUCUCCAUCAUCGACGUCGAUGAUGCUGAAGGAAAUCGCGGGAACGCCAUAUUGGAUGGCGCCGGAGGUGAUUCACUCGCACAAUGGGUAUAGUUUGAAAGCGGAUAUAUGGUCAUUUGGAAUCACGGCGUUGGAAUUAGCCCACGGACGACCUCCCCUUUCUCAUCUCCCACCUUCCAAGUCCCUCCUCCUGAAAAUCACGCGAAGGUUUCGAUUCUCGGAUUACGAGAAUCAACAAAACAGCAAUAACAAGAACAAAUUUUCAAAAGGGUUCAAGGAAUUAGUAGCCUCAUGCCUUGAUCAGGAGCCAUCGAGAAGACCAUGCGCCGAUAAAUUGCUCAAACAUCCCUUUUUCAGGAACUGCAAGGGCCCUGAUCUUCUCAUAAAGACUGUAUUACAAGGUUUGCCGAGUGUCGAAGAGAGAUUCAAAUUGGGAAAAUUGCAGCGAUUACCAUCGAUGAAAACGGAGGAAGAAGAUGAAGAGGAAAUAGAGAAGGAAAUUAUAAAACAGAGGAGGAUCAGCGGGUGGAAUUUCAAGGAGGAUGGGCUAGAGCUGGAGCCUGUUUUUCCAGGGGAAAACUGCGAGGAAGAUGAAUGUUCGAUCAUAAAACAGGUCCGAUUCGGUGGGGAAUCGAUCAUGGAGAAGGGUUCGAGGGAUUCGAGUGAGUGCUGUUCGGGGGUAUCGGAUCUGAGUUCACCAACGGGGAACGGGAGGAGAGGCGAAGUGGAGGAGGAGGAGGAGGAGGGUGUUGACAGGGAGUCGAUAAUGGGUGGAUUGGUGGCGCUGAAAAGGAGCUUGGACGAGCAGAGGAGGGCGGUGGGGAGUUUGAUAGAGCUGAUAGAAGGAGAGAAAGGGGGAGAGAUGAGCCGAGAGGAGCAGAUAGGGAGAUUGAUGGAGAAGAUGACGAGGGAAUUGGAGAAUGAGCGGAAGAGGAACUUUGAAUUGGAGAUGGAGUUGGAAUUUCUUAGGCUUCAGAUCUCCGCUGCCCAUAAUACUGGCGCUGCUUAACUCUUCUUAGCCGCCCUUCAUAUCUAUGUUGUUUUUGGUUUUAUGUUUUGUUAUCUAUGAAAGAAAAGACAUUUAAAA